GGCGGCGCCGGGCUGCGGAGUGACAGCCACGGGGAAUCGGGCGGGCGACCGGUGGUGUGCGCGCCGGGCACCCUCCUCCGCGGUGCUCCUCGACGGGGAGCCAAGCCCCCCACGCCCCUGGCCCCGCUCCGGGCAGCGGAGCCGCCGCCGCUGCUAUGAAGCCGUGCGAGGAGGAGGAGGAUGAAGGGGGGGCGGCCGGCGGCGGGGACCCCUGGAAGGAGUGCGUUGAGGUGGCGGUGCAGUUGGCGCUCCGCGCCGGGCAGAUCAUUAGGAAAGCUCUAAAGGAGGAAAAACAAGUGUCCACAAAGACAUCUGCAGCAGAUCUUGUGACAGAAACUGAUCAUUUUGUGGAAAAUCUAAUUAUUUCUGUUCUGAAAGAGAAGUUUCCAUCCCACAGGUUUAUUGCAGAAGAAUCCACUGCUGCUGGUUCAAAAUGUGUCCUCACUGACAGUCCGACCUGGAUUAUUGACCCUGUUGAUGGAACGUGCAACUUUGUGCACAGAUUUCCAACAGUGGCAGUGAGCAUUGGAUUUGCUGUUAACAAAGAGCUUGAAUUUGGUGUAAUUUACCACUGCACUGAAGAACGAUUAUACACUGGUAGAAGAGGUCAAGGGGCAUUUUGUAAUGACAAAAGGCUUCAUGUAUCAAAAGAGACAGAUAUCUCGAAGGCCUUAAUUUUAACAGAAAUUGGUCCAAAACGUGACCCUGCGACUUUGAAAUUGUUCCUUGGUAACAUUGAGAGAUUGCUCAUGGCCCAAGCACACGGGGUUCGUGUCAUUGGGAGCUCGACCCUGGCUCUGUGCCAUUUGGCAUCCGGCGCUGCAGAUGCCUAUUACCAGUUUGGGUUACACUGCUGGGACUUGGCAGCGGCAACUGUCAUUAUUAGAGAGGCGGGUGGCACUGUGAUAGACACUUCAGGGGGACCUCUGGAUCUUAUGUCCUGCCGAGUGGUUGCUGCAGGAACCAGAGAGAUGGCUAUGUUCAUAGCUCAGGAAAUACAAACUAUUCACUACAGACGGGAUGAUGAAAAUUAAACACUUACAAUACAGAGUUUUCCCUCCUGAACUAUGUAACUUUUGCAAGAUGGGUGGCUUAAAGGGUAUGUGAUUUCAGCAGGAUGCUUUCUGUGGAGAUUUUCUGUGUCAAAUAUUUUUUAUAAAUUUAUUACAAUGUGGGAAGGCAUAGGGAGAUUUUUAAACCUCUAAGAACUGUGUUUCCUUUUUAAUACGUAUCUCUAUCAGCAGUAUCUUUUUUAUAAGAUAGCAUAUUUUACUUGUAGUAAACUAGUCUCAGAAUUAAGUCAUAAUUUCAUAUCUGUGGGGCUGAUAUUUAGUCUUUUGUAACAUGCAGCUAAAAGUUGAACUUUAUUUUUACAGAUGCAGAUCUCAGGUAAAUGAGCUUUAGGACUGUAGUAAGGACAAGUAGUUAAGAUGUGUGCCUAUAAUACCCUUGUUCUAUGAUACUUAAGGAUGCAAUAAAAAUGACAUUAUUGUUUCCUCACUAUGUCAUAGCUAUAUAUCCAUAUAAAUAUAUGUACAUGCAUGUAUGUCUGUGUGUAUGUGUUUAUGUAUGUGUGCACAUACAUACAUAUGCAUGUAUACACACACCCCCCCAUGUGUGUGUGCGUAUAUACAUAUAUGGGUAUUCUGGAUGUUUACAGCAUUUUAGAGGAUGCAUAGAAGAAAGCUAACAUUGGAAGUUAUUUUCAGGUAAAGAGUAUAGGUUACUUAUGUGAUUUUGGUGGGGGUUAUGCAAAUGGCAAAUAGCUUAGUUGAUCAUGGAAAAUUAUAAUGAUUUUACAAAAUGUCUGGCUAGUUCUUGUUUCCCUUUAUCCCUCUGCAUGGGGAUAAAUCAUACAGUCCUAGAGGCCUCUGUGAGAUAUUCAAACCUACAAACACUUACUACCAUAGAGUAAUUAUAGUUAAAACCAAGAAUAUUGAAUUCUACCGAGGUAUUCACAGUAUUAACUAUGACACACAGUAGGAGGCCAGCAGAGUAGAGCACAGUGUCAAGGAGCUGUUGAUUUUAGAGAAACAGAACAGCAGGAUUUGGCCCCUCACAGGCAAGUUAUUAAAAAUAUGCACAUAAGAUACACUCACACAGAGUUGUAAGCACACUUUUUGAUCAGAGAAACCUGUAAACUCAGCUACAUACAUACUUGUCCUCUAUCCUUGUAUGUAGCAUUGGUUUUCAUUCCACCAAGGUAAUCAUUCUAUUUAGAUUAUUUUUUAAAUCAUGAGCACAGAGAGACUACAAGUGUGUCCAGCAAAGUAGCUGAGAUCAAAUCCCUUCUAUUUUUUCUUUAAAAAUUGAACUAAAAUAUCUUUUUUACAAAAGUGCAUAGUAAGUAAGGAGCCAAAAAGCAAGUUGGUUCAAAAUUUUUAACUUUCUUUAUACACUGCAUGUGUAGACUUUGUAAACAUGUUUAGAUGCCUGCUUAGAACAUACAAACUAAGCAGUAUUUUUUAAAAAUAAUCUUAAUGUGUUUCUUGCAUUGAAAAAUGUUUUUCACUGAAUAUAACAUAAAAUUGUGUCAUUUCUUGAUGCUUUGUUUCAAAAGAAAUACAAAGUACUGACUGUGUGAAGAAUGUCUAAGUCCAGCUAAGCAUUUAAGAACUGAUGCUUCUUACCAGAAAACCGAUGCUGUCCGUCACAGUGAUCAACUUUUGUCACUGCUCCCUUUUACCACACCACUUCCCCCAUCUCUUUGUAUCCCCCUAUUCUGAAAUAGAGAUUGUAAGCCCUCUUGGGCAGGGACUGUAGUACUUUGGCUCUGGGUUUGCACAGUGCUAAUAGGAUGUGAUUCUGGUCCACAACUAGGCACUAAGGUGCUAUAAUAAUACAAAUAAUAAAUACUAA